CAGCGUGUGCCAGGUGGCACAGCAGUGCCAGGUUUCCUCAGUGAGUGUGAGAUCGUGAAGGUGGGUUUUGGAAGUGAUCAGGAUAGAUAAUUUUAAUCCGGUAGAAGGGAAAAUGAAGAUAUAGAAACAUGGCGUCCCAAUCAAAAACAACAUAAUUGUGCCACUUUGCAUUAUAAGAAAAUAAAAAUCGAAUAACCUCGAAAUUAAAAGUCGCCUUCCAUAAACCACGACACCGAAAAAGCAAAUCUGUCUCGAAAGCAUCGGCGGGAUGUAAACAAAAGGAAAAGAAAUUAGAAAAAAAUAAAAAUAAAAAGGAUGAGAAAUACAAAUAAUCAGUGUUGUGAAUCAUAAGAAGUGAUAUUGAUCAAAAGGAAUAAUAUAUCCUAAUAGUGAAAUGAAGUGAAUGAACUUUACGGAAGUGAUCUGUAUAUCGCGUCUCUGUGACGACAGGAAGUGUGUUUGGUCUUGUCUCAGGCUGGGCUCAAGUUGUACCUUUUCCGCCUGAGGUAGAGAGAAAGGAAGAGAGUGAGGGAGAGAGAGAGAAUAUGUGAGAGAUAGAGAGCCUCAGGUACGCCUGUUUCUACUUCUGCUGCUACUGCUGCUGCUGCAAUUCGCUCCCCAAGAGAAGAGGCCCCCGUUUUAUUUACCGGUUAGUUGAGCCUUUCAGACCUUUAUGAGUGGACUUGGAUGUUCUUUGUACCUGCAAGAUGAAAAUUGGUGAGGUCAUUUGCCAGACAAGGCCUUUUUCUAAAGUCUGUAAAUCAGGCAAUUUCAUGUUAAUUCUCCAACAUGCCUUUGCUGCCGUUAAUGUGUCAGUUUAGCUGACCAAAUGUGAGGGGUCCUGAAGAGGUAUCUGUGUUUGAGAACUCCCUUCAGGCUGGCGUACCUCAGAAUAUUACUCUUCAAGGACCACCGAGUAACAUCUUGGCUUGGUAAUAUUGAAAGGUAAAACAACUGUAGUGGAAGGGCGAGACGGGACCACAAUCUAGCUGCGGGUCUGGCCGCAGUAUGGAAUCUACGCGGCCACCAGCUGACACGCGCAACAUCCCCCACAUGCAACUUUUCCACCAUUUGAAACAGAAGUUCCCAGAUCUCAGGGACAAUGACGUUAAUGAAAGCAUACAAAAGUAUGGCCUUGAUCGUGAACGUUGUGAAGAGGAAUUAUCCCAGAAGGCAUUAAUUCAUCAUGGUGGUUACUAUCGACCUUGGAGCCGCCCUGGUAGCAGCCUAUCAUCUCCAACAUUGUCUAGAGUCACCUCUCCUAUUCGAACAGGCAUACCUUCCACUCCUACCACACCCGUUAUUACAACUACAAUGCCUACCACUCCAUUUCACCAUGCCACAGCUACUCAACAUGUCUGUGGGCCAGUACAGUCUAAUGGGUACUUAGUUUAUAGUUACGCUACAGAGAUGGUUGCUGAGCCUGGACCUGUAUAUACUUCAGCUUGUCGAACUCCAGUAACUGCAAAUCCACUGUUUUAUCAACCAGUGAUCAAUAAUACACCACUGUAUGGUUGGCAUCCUUCGGCGUCCAAUGGUUUUCGAGCUGCUGGUAUUCAGCCACCAAGACCCGGAGUCAUACCGUACAAUACUGAAGACACUCCAUUUUCUUCCCGUGAACCCUCUCAGUCUCGAUCAGUCACUCCAGUGCCUAACUCUGCUCCUGUAAUGCCCAGUUUUGAUCCUUUUAGUGCCUUUGAAAAGAAAGAACCUAUGCGUCGGAGAAGUGCGGAAACUCAUUUAGAUGGAAGAAAGGGACAAUAUUAUAGUAAACAAAGUAUAGAAAACUUUUGUGCCAGUCCACAUUCCCCUACUCCACCAAUUAGCAACAGUGCAAUGGAUUCACCGGCUACUUCUACUACAACAACUACUACUUUCACGAAUACAAGAAGCCAUAAUGUUGAUGCAGUCAACAUUAAUGGUGGCAAUACCAACCGACCCCCUCCAGGUCCGAGACAUGUAUCCUCUUUGCAUCUCACCCCUGUUCCUCCCCAUGGUGCCCAUCAUGCCCCAGGACCUCCUCAUGGGGAUGGCACAGUAAAAGUUUGUGGUCGAUCAUAUACAUCAGUCAAUCUUCAAUUAAGACAACCUUCUACUGAGCCACAACCUCCCAUUCAAAUACGUAGUAGUGGCUCCUCCCUUACCUAUUCCACAUCCUCCCUUGAUCACCGUCAAGGUUCACGUUCCUCCCUCCAGAUCUCCAUAGGUCCCACUGGUGGCACAAUUUCAGCUAUGCGCACAAAUCUAGACAAUAAAAAUUCCCCGGCCAACACAGCGUUCCACAUCCAAUACAGUUCAAGUGCAAAUGGGGCUUCAACUCCUACUGGAACUGCAUUUCCAACAACAGAAGAUGUGGUGGGAAAGGAGGGGGUGCAUGGUCAGUCGCGACGCCCACAGACCUGGUACAUUUCUGAGCCUGUACCAAAUGAACCCAGGCAGCGCAAGUCAUCUUUACCAGAGUGUGUGGGACCGCCAGUGUCCUUGCACCACCUUCAUUACCCCCCUUCCUCUGACUCUGGUUUGGUUUAUAAUACAGGAGAACCUGUUUGGGCUGUACCACCUUCCAGGCCUAAUUUAUCAUAUUCACAAGCAAUUGUCCAGGAACAGGGUAUUCGUAAGCAGAAGUUGGAGACAGAGUUAGCAAAGCAAUUAGAAGAAAAAGGGAAGUUACAGUCUGAGGUUCAAAUGAUGAUGCGAGAACUAGAAGCCCGCGAAAAUCAACGAAAAAGAAAUGCAGACUCAAAUGCAAAGAGAAUAGAAGAAGUACAACGAGAAAAUCAAAGAUUGCAAUCAGAAUGUGAUGAAAUGGAAAAUAAGAUUCUACGUCUUGCACCUGACAUAGGCCAAGAUGAUUAUUCAGGUAUUCCUUCAAGUCAGCCCUAUCACGAGCCCCCUGUUGCACCUCAACUUACCAGAGCUAGUUCUGGUUCAAGCUUGGGAAGUGGAACAGGCACUCCACAGACACCGCACACACCUUAUACCCCCCAAGGUGGUUAUAUUCCACCAAGACCAGCAGCACCUCCACCACCACCUCCUAUGCCCAAUUUUCGUGGAUUUCAGGGUGUUCCUGGCGAUACUGGGGAUGAGAUGGCUCCAAAAUGGGGUUGCACCAAAUGCACCUUUAUCAACCAUCCAGACAUGAACAAGUGCGAGAUAUGCGAGUGUCCACGCUUCACCAUAGGUACGGCUUCCUCCCAUCAUGCAGGUCUUCCCCCCCACCAUCAGGGUCCUUGCUACUGUCACCGCCAACAUGCUCCAGGUGCUGUUGCAAGUUCCAUAGGGGCGGCUGCAGCUAACUCUCUUCACCAUACAUACUCAUCUCUCCCGCUCGUGGCUAAUGAAAAACCUAGCCUUUCUAAUAUCUUAAAGGAAAAGCUCAUAGGUUUGCGUGACCGCUCUGAUAGUGUUUAAAAUCCUCAUCUGGACUAAUACCAAAUGAUCUUGCAAAGUGCUACAUUGCUAUCUCAGUUUGUAAAUCCAGGGUCUUACUAACCUUUACUGGCCUAAAUACAACUGUACAGUAUUUUGUUGUCAUUUAUCUGUAGAGUUAAGGUAUGAUAAGGCCUAGGUUAUUAACAGUCUGAAUGCUAUAUUGCUACUAACACAUUCCAUUAGUAAUUUCAUUUUUAUGUGUGUGUGAUAUUCAUUUUAGCUUAUAUUGAUUUCACUAAUUCUUCUUGUAAUGCCACCCAAAGUAUUCUAAUUGGCUGGUUAUGGUUCCUGGGUUUGCUGUCCUAAACUAACAUGUGUGUAUGCCUGAAAAUAAGUACUAAUAUUGCAUAUUCAGAUAUCUUCAUUCACAAAAUUGAGUGCAGUAUCAAUACUGAGUGAUGAAGGUAUAUGGUAAUUUUCCAUUAAAGUUGCAUGCCAAGUUUUUAUGAUCUUAAUUUGAAAGGUUAUGGAUUCUAUCUAGUCUUAUUCAAAGAAAGUAGAAAAUGACAUUGUCUACCUCAUUUAGAACUAGAUUGACUGCUCAUAUCCAAGUAAGUUUGUUUUCCAAGUUUAUUUUGAGAACUUUUCAAGCACUGGAACUGGUGUUGGAAUUUUUAUAACCUGUGGAUAGCUCUACAAGGUAAAGGUUAUUUGUGGAUAGCUCUACAAGGUAAAGGUUAUUUUUUUUUUUAGUUUGGUUUACAUUGGCUGCAUUAAGUGCUGCAGGAUAUGGAACAUCUGCAUUUAAAUACAGUAUGACAUAUUUCAAAUUCACAGAAAGGGUUCGUGAAGGUAUGUAUAAAUAAAUCAACUGUACAUAAAGUUAGAAAUUAAGAUGCAAUAUUUUACUUAGGAAUUUUUGUCUAUUUUACUUAAGAAAUUUCAUCUUACCGAAAAAGCUCAACAAUUUUAUAUGUGCAGUACAGUAUACCCAUUUUCACUUGUCCCCCAAAGCAUAUUCAUAUAUUUGUCAGUAUUUUAUAAGUACAAGAGCUUCAUGUUAUAUUUUUAAAAGAUCAUUUUCUCUAUUAAAAAUUUUUUGUGUUGCACUAGUAAGAAUUCUUUAAGUUUCAGAAAGAUUAGAAUUCAAGUAACCUCUGUAGUACAAACUAUGUGAUGAUGAUAUUCUUUAAUGCCAUGAUAGUCACUGGAAUGUUUCAACUCAUGUUGUAAGCCCAUGUUCUCAUAUUGCUCUGUUUUCACAACAGACCUAAAGAAUUUGCGUUCGUUUCAAUGUAUUGAAAGUUUCAUUUAAUUGAUAGUGUACAUAUUAGCAUUACAGAACUACAUGUCUUCCUAGCCAUAUAAUCUAAUUGUAUAAAACAUUUGCAUAGUUUUUCUCAUAUUUUUUAUGGAAUUUAUAAUUUGAUAUGAUUUGCCUAUCUUCCUUAUUGAAUUUACAUUAUGCAAAUGCUUUUAUGAGGAACAUUACAUGAAAAUACCUUCAAACCAUUCUUUUUUAUUUUCUAUAUUGUUAACUAGUCAUUCAGUAUAAGGGUAGAGUUUAAUUUAACAUUGAAGUGGAUAUUUUAUUCCUGAUUUUGACAUUCCGUUGGUCAACAUAUCAUAGCAGCUUGCUGUGCAUCAACAUAUCAUAACAGCUUGCUGUGCAAGAUUGUUUUGGUAUGUGUUCAUUUAGUUUUAUUCCCAUGAUAUAUUAAGUCAUGUACUAAACACUGCCCAAGUACUUUUGCUUGCUAUGUACUUCAAAGGACAUUUGGUUACUUGGAUUACUUGCAUUAUACCGUACUGUGUUUAACCUUUGGAUGGUGGGUCUUUCUCCUUUUGUCCCUUGUCUUUCAAAUUUGUUUGGUGGCUUCUUCAUGCAAAUUGGCUCUUGUUGACGAUACCUAAUGCGACUGUGGUUAUGAAAUUUAUGAAGACAUGUUUUCUAUCAUGUAAUUUUUACCUAAUUAAAACUGAGUACCGAG